UUUGGUUUGGUCGGUGCGCUGUCCGUCCCUAGCUGCAUUUUCUCAAGAUGGCASUGAAACAAAGUUUGCUGGAUUUCUACAGUUGUUCGGUGGAUUUUUCCACAGAUAAAGACCGUAAUCACGUAUUUGAUGUACUUAAGAACUACAACGUGGAAGGGCCUUUAAUUUCAAAGCACCUUGGCGCUGAAACUGGUCAUUUGUUUGUAUUUUUAGGGGCUGACGGAGGGCACUGGACGCUAAGGAGUUUCAGCACAGGUCUGGUUUCACUUGACAUCACACAAAUCGAGGACAGUAAUGGGGGAGUUAGCCUGUCACGAGAGAAUGUGAAGAGUUUAGAAARSGAACUGAAGGAUAAAUUAUUGUGUAAACAAUCCAAAAAUCUUCCAGCUAUUACCCGYRAUGGCCCRUAUGACCCUUACCUUAUCACAGCGGACAACAGAAUUAUGGAGUAUGAUAUUGACAGGGUGGUGGUUGAUGAAGACUCUGAAUUUCAAAAUAUCAAGAUUUAUCACUCCCAAAGUUAUGGAAACAUUUUAAUACUUGACAAUGAUAUCAAUUUGGCAGAGAGUGACCUGACGUACACAAAAGCAAUAACAGGUCAAGAUAAUGAAGACUACAGUGAGAAAACAGUCCUAAUUCUUGGUGGAGGUGAUGGCGGAAUACUGAAUGAGCUACUCAAACAGGCCCCCAAACAUGUCACAAUGGUAGAAAUUGACAGCAUUGUGGURAAUCAUGCAAAGAAGCACUUACGGGGGAUCUGUGGGGAUGCUUUAGACUCACUAAAAGGUGCAAAUUAUGAGGUGAUUAUUGACGAUUGUGUUAAAGUCAUGAAUGAAUACAUCAAAAAGGGUAUCACAUUUGACUACGUCAUUAACGACCUCACAGCCAUUCCUAUCACAACUGAGCCAAAAGGAUCAAUGUGGGACUUUUUGAGACAUAUUCUUGAUUUGUCAAUGAAAGUAUUAUCACCAACUGGAAAAUACUUCACUCAGGGCAAUGGUGCUAACUGCAAAGGUGCUCUACAAAUGUACGAAGAUCAACUUGGCAAACUAGCAUGUCCAGUGGAGUUURAAAAGUAUACGGUGUGCGUACCUUCUUAUCUGGAAAUGUGGGUAUUUUAUGAAAUAUGGAAAAAAUCUCAGACAUAAUGCACAUCAAUAUUGAAAAAGUAUUUUUGUAGCAAGAUGAUAGAAUAAUGGUAAGAGGACCACAGUUGAGCGUGCAACUGUAGACAAUUCUUCACAGUUCUCUAUCAURGAGUACUAAAGAGAUGAAGUCACAAAACGAAAAUGUUUGAGUUUUGAAAUUUGCCCUCCAUAUUCUGAAAGUUCAUCAUUUUUAAUGCAUCCUUGCUAAAUAUGAGUGUCUUAGUGUCAGACAUUUGUAGCGGAGAUACAAGCGAUUUUAUGGUCGGGUGACCACAUACAAACGCUUGUAAAUUUGGUCUUGUUCAUAACGAAAGGACCAAAUUUACAAGCGUUUGUAUGUGGUCAUCCGACCAUAAAACCGCUUGUAUCUCUGCAAUAAAUGGCACUAGAACACUGAAAUUUGGAAGAUAGCUACUUUUUUCCAUGCGAUUUAAGGAUAUGUCAACAAAUCCGAACAAUUCGAAAAAAACUACGGUAUUUCUGUGACGUCACACUUUAGUACUCUAUUGCAUUCUGAAUGCUUGUCUCUCUCGAUGCAGAGGAAUAGCUUUGAAUAUGCAAAGUCAUUAGCAUUUUAUGUAUAGUUAAAAAAUAAAAUUAAUAAUUAAAAUAAUAAUAUAUUCUGCAUUCUUUAUGGGUUAAUGUCCCCAUGGGACAUAGCAUGAACAACCAUUGGUCAAGCGUAGUAUGUAAAAUAGAAAGACAAAUUAGAAAGCUUCACUUGCACAAAAAGCUUGAACGAAAAACUUAGAACCCAUCCAAUGAGUCGGUUGAUUUGUGCCACACAUUAUCCUGCCUCACACUCCGUACCAGAAUAAAAAGUUCAGUCGGAGUUGCGCCCAUACCUUAGAAGAUAAUAAACUGAGGCAGAAUAAUACACAAUGCCAGAGUUGACCGUGAAGGAGAUUACAGCUACAGAAUUUAAUCCUUCUUUGGAUACCUUAAUUAUGCAAUAAUAAUUGCAAUUCUAUGCCACAACACAGUGGAAGACAUUAAGAACACGAGAAAAGGAUCAACUUAGAGCAAUUUUUUUGAUGGAAACUAGCAUCAAACUUAGUGUCCGCAGAGCAAAGUGUAUGUACGACUAUGUUAUAAUUAUACUAUAAUUAUUGUACGUUCAUGUUGAGACUGUGAUUGCUUUCUUUGGAAUCAAUAAACCCUUUUAGCGAUCUCUUUUACAUUGUGUUCGCCUCAAAACCAUGUAAUAAAUUCUUUUGUUCACUAACAGCCCAUGCAAAUGCAAGAGUUCUGUGAGUAUAGAUUGAAGACAAUGGAAAUAGUUUGAAAUUUGACRAGUUUUAUUUAGAUUUCUGGAUAUUUUGCACACAAUUGAGGCUAACACAGCAUAAAGGAGAUCGCGAAACUCAACUAUACCAACACCACUUAUUGUCCAUAAUGCUGUAGCCAUGGAUUAGAUACAAGUGCAGUUUUUAAAACUGUAAUAAACUAUCGAUAUAUCUAACUGCAGUCUUCCCAUUUGUACUGCCUUGAUAUCGUAUAAUAAAACUUACAAGAAUGCUAA